GGGCGCUGGUUUCCGUACAGAACAAGGCACCCUGCAGUAGCGCGGUGCCUGCGGGUGGCGCAGCCAUGCUCUGGCUCUCAGCGCAGAGGCUUAUCCCGGCUGUGAAGGGCUUGUGCAGCUUAUCAGGCUGCAAGUCCUGUUUCCUUCGGAGAUUUUCCAUCCAGCCUGCCCAGCAGAGGAAGAUUCCAAACCGGUACCUGGGCCAGCCCAGCUCCUUCACACAUCCACACCUUCUCAAACCAGGGGAGGUAACACCGGGAUUGUCACAAGUGGAAUAUGAUCUACGCCGACACAAGCUGAUGACUUUGAUCAAGAAAGAGGCGCAAGAGUGGGGUGGGGUGGACCACACCGUGAUUCUGCUAUCCAACCCCACCUACUACAUGAGCAACGACAUCCCAUACACCUUCCACCAGGACACCAACUUCCUGUACCUGUGUGGCUUCCAGGAGCCUGACAGCAUCCUGGUGCUGCAGAGCUUGCCUGGCAAGGCACUGCCAUCCCACAAGGCCGUGCUCUUUGUGCCACGGCGAGAUCCAAGCCGAGAGCUGUGGGAUGGGCCACGAUCAGGCACCGAUGGGGCAGUAGCUUUGACAGGAGUGGAUGAAGCUUACCCCAUAGAGGAGAUUAGACACCUGGUGACCAAACUGAAAGGUGAAUCGAACAUGGUUUGGUAUGAUUCUGCAAAGCCAGUGCACACACAGCUCCACUCUGACUACCUGCAGCCUCUGGCCGAGAUCAAAGCUGGAAGCAAAAACCGCAUCCGAGCUAUUCAUCAUCUAGUACAACAACUCCGGCUGAUCAAAUCCCCUGCAGAGAUUGAGAGGAUGAAGGUUGCCGGAAGGGUGACAUCACAGGCUUUUAUAGAGACAAUGUUUGCCAGCAAAUUCCCAGUGGAUGAAGCAUUUCUGUAUGCUAAGUUUGAAUUUGAAUGCCGGGCACGAGGGGCUGACAUCUUGGCGUACCCACCUGUGGUCGCUGGUGGCAACAGGUCCAACACCUUGCACUAUAUAAAAAACAACCAGCUUAUCAAGGAUGGAGAAAUGGUCUUACUGGAUGGUGGAUGUGAGUCUUCCUGCUACGUAAGUGACAUCACUCGCACCUGGCCCAUCAAUGGCAGGUUCACUGAUCCCCAAGCAGAGCUGUACCAGGCUGUCCUGGAGAUCCAGAAGUCCUGCCUGAGCCUCUGCGCUCCAGGUGUGAGCCUGGAGAACAUCUACAGCCUCAUGCUGAGCCUUAUGGGACAGAAGCUGAAAGAGCUGGGGAUCCUAAAGAAAAGCACCACUGAGAACCACCUCUUCAAGGUUGUUCGGAAGUACUGCCCGCAUCAUGUGGGCCAUUACUUGGGUAUGGAUGUUCAUGACACAUCAGACAUGUCCCGAUCGCUCCCACUCCAGCCGGGCAUGGUGAUAACCAUUGAGCCAGGCAUCUACAUCCCCCAGGAUGACAUGGCCGCCCCAGAGAGGUUACGUGGGCUCGGUGUGCGCAUCGAGGAUGAUGUGCUGGUGACGGAGGACGCGCCCCUGAUCCUGUCUGCAGACUGCCCCAAGGAGAUCUAUCAUGUCGAGCAGAUCUGUGGCCGCAGCCUGUGA